AUGGUUAUUAGUACUUUAAAUUAUUAAACACUUGAGUGUUUGAUACUUAUCAUCAUUGUUUUAACUCAUUAAGUACUAACAAACUAUAAGGAAUUUGGAAAAUAUGAAAAAUUCACAUAAAAUUUUUAUCUUAAGCCUUUUAAAUAGGGAUAAAUAUUAUAAAAUUUAUAAAAUGACAAAGAAACACCCCCACCUGUUUAAAAUUAUUUCAAAUCCUUAAUAAGAUCAUAAAGUAAAAUGACUCUUGUUUAAUCCCCUAAGAAAUGUUUUACUAUAUAAUUAAAAGAUCUUCCAGAUGAAUUGAAAUUAAAACGAUAUUCAAACUUGACAAGCUUUUCAAAAUCUUAAAAAAAUAUUCUUAGUUAAGGUAACUCCCAGUUUUAAAUGCUUUAAUUAUAUUAAAAUCUAAUUAAUAUAUUUCCUUAUGGGAUAUUAAUUAUUAAUUAGCAUUAAUCAAUUAAUUAUAUUAAUAAUAAAUGUGAGAAGAUAUUAGAAUGUUAAGGCAUUGAAUAAGUGUUGGAAAAAGUGAAAAUGUGUGUAAAUACUGCAAAAAUAUAAGAAAAUGUGAGUGAAACAUCAAAUAAAUAAUAAAAGAAAUAACACCAUUAUCAAUUGCUCUAAUAAAUAAUAAAAAAAUUAUAAUUAAAUAACACUUCAUUUGAUGUUUUGGAUAUCAUACUUUAGCCAUAAAAAUAUUUUGGAAUUUUAGGACAAAAUGAAAUAUAAUUUUACAAAGAUUUUUAAUAAUCAUUUCAUUAAUAGGUAUUCAUUUACGAAUGGCUAAUUAAGUCUGAGUAAACAUCAUAAAAUUAUUAGAAGAAAUUGAAAUUGAUAAUUAUGCCAACAUCAAUGACUAAUUAAUAGUAAGAAUACAUUUCAGCUUCAUCAUAAAUUAAAUCUUCAGUUAAAAGUCACAUUUCAAGUCAUUAGAGUGAUUAAGAGCAUCCAGUUAUGCUUAUUAUAAUAAAGAAUGUUACAAAUAAAUACAAAUGUCAAUAAAUGAGAGAUGAAUAAAUUAUUCAUCAUAGUUUAAUUAAAUCAUUUUCACAUGAAUUACGAACUCCGUUGAAUAGUUGUUAUCAAAUGUUAAAUCUUUUGAAAUAUUAAUCAAAUUCAAAAGCUUCUUCAGAUUAUAUUGAUAUAGCAUAAUGUUCAAUAACCUUAUUAAUCCAUCAAAUUAAUGACAUUUUAGAUUAUGCUGCUCUCCAAUCAUUUUCCUUCAAUUAUAAUAUCACUAAUUUUAACAUUAAUUAAAUUACAGAGGAAAUUGAAGACUUAUAUAAAAUAUAAACUUAAUAAAAAAAUAUCAAUUUCACAAUCAAAGUUUCAGAUUAUUUAUUAGGAAGGAUUUUUCGUAAUGAUAAACAGAGAAUAAUAUAGCUAUUAGUAAAUCUAUUAAAUAAUGCAAUCAAAUUUACUUCUGAAGGAGGUAGCAUUAGUUUAAAUAUAAUUGAAGCUGGUUAACAAUACAUUAACUUUUCAGUCAAAGAUAAUGGUAUUGGAAUUGAUGAACAUAAACUAAAUUAAAUUUAGAAUUGUUUACAAAAUACGAUUGAAUUUGGAGCUGUAUUGAAAUCUCAUUCAAAAAUAAAGUAGCCAGGCUUAGGUUUAAUUAUUGCAGCAAAAUUGAUAGAAGGUUUGACUGAAUCUAAAGAUAAUAAAUUAACUAUUAGUUCUAAGAAAAAUAAAGGAACAAUUGUAUAGUUUCAAAUAGAAGACUUAUAAUAAAAGAAUUUAUUAUCCUCUCAUUUUCCAAAUCAAUAAAGCGAAAAGAUGAAUCAUUUAGCAGAUCAAUCAGAAUAUAAUGUUUAAAACGUUGAUUAAAAUAAGGUUGUCAUGUCGAGUAAUAAAACUAUAAAUUUAGAAAAUGAUAGAGAUUUACAAGAAGUAAAAUCAGAAUCUUACAUUACAUUGAGAUUAAAUGAUUUAGAAAAAUAGCCUGAAAUAUAUCUACCUAUCAGUCCUGACUAUUUUAAAAAAAAGAAUUUAGAUUAAUACAAUAAAAUUUAGAAAUAAUUACAAUCUGAUUACUUUAAAAAUGAAGAUUUACUCUGUUAAAAAUGUGUGCACAUACUUAUAGUAGAUGAUAUUCCUUUUAAUCAAAUAGCACUAAAAAUGAUAUUAAGUAAAUAUUAAAUUGAAGUUGAUUAAGCAUUUGAUGGAUUUCAAGCGAUUGAAAAAGUUAAACAAAAAAUGCUCAAACAUUGUCAAAACUAUAAAUUAAUAUUUAUGGAUAUCGAAAUGCCAGGAAUGGAUGGAUUUUAAGCAAGUUAGCAAGUAUAAUUUUCAAAUAAUAAAUUAGAUCCUUGAAUUAACUUCUAAUUAGGCUUUUAUUGUGAUUUGUUCUGCAUAUGAUACCUAAGAAAACAUAUAAUAAGGUAAAAACAUUGGAAUAAAUACAUUUCUUUAAAAACCUGUAAAAUAAGAUUAAUUGAAUGUACUACUUGGAACGGUAUUUAAAAUUGAAUCUAAUUCAAAUUUUUAAUUAUAAUAGUCAAAAUUUCAUGAAGAAUGA